GUCCGGAGCCGCAGAGGCUCGCGGGGGACAAGCCGGGGGACACACCGGAGCCCGCGAAGGGCCGGGUCCCCAGCAGGGCCGCGUCCCCAGCAGGGCCGCCCUGGCGCGCGCGGAAAGGGCGGCGCCGGUUCUGGUACCUCGUGGGACGAGGGCCGAGGCGGGAACACCGGAGCUCCGACCCGCACUGCGUGACGCGACGCCGCUGCACCGGGAACGGCUGGAAGGCGCCCCCGCGGCGGCAAAGGAGACGGGCCGGGGCCCAGCGACCCACGGGGACGUGACGCGGGGUUGGCACGUGGACGCGCGCGCCGGGCGGGCGGGCGAGACGCUUCGGGGGCCCCGCGCGCCCCGCCGAGGUCUGCGGCCCCCGGCCGCCCGGCGCCGGGUCCCGGGCGCCCCGAGCCCGCGCGGGGAUGUGGGCCCUCCCGCCCGGGAGCGCAGUCGCCGCGGCGGCCGCCGAGGACGCAAGACGGAGCCGCGGCCCGCGCUGUCCGGGGAGAAGACGGCGGCCCUUCCGCCUGGGACGACGGGACUUGCGGCGCCAGCCCGCGCCGCCGGACCGCGGAGAGCAGCGCAGAUGGUACGUGAACAAUACACCACGACCACAGAAGGCACCCACAUAGAGCGGCCAGAGAACCAGUCUGUCUACAAAAUCGGCAUCUAUGGCUGGAGAAAGCGUUGCCUCUACUUAUUUGUUCUUCUUUUGCUCAUCAUCCUCCUUGUGAAUCUUGCUCUUACAAUUUGGAUUCUUAAAGUGAUGUGGUUUUCCCCAACAGGGAUGGGUCACCUGCAUGUUACAGAAGAUGGACUUCGCCUGGAGGGGGAAUCGGAGUUUUUAUUCCCACUGUAUGCCAAAGAAAUACACUCCAGAGUGGACUCAUCUCUGCUUCUGCAGUCCACACAGAAUGUGACUGUAAGUGCACGCAACCCGGAAGGAGAAGUUACAGGCAGGUUAAAAGUGGGUCCCAAAAUGGUAGAGGUCCAGAGUCAGCAGUUUCAGAUCAACUCCAAGGACAGCAAGCCACUGUUUACUGUUGAUGAAAAGGCAGUUGUGGUUGGUACAGAUAAACUUCGAGUAACUGGGCCUGAAGGGGCUCUCUUUGAACAUUCAGUGGAGACGCCCCUCAUAAAACCGGACCCAGUCCAGGACCUUAGACUAGAAUCCCCGACACGGAGUCUCAGCAUGGACGCCCCGAAAGGCGUUCAUGUUCAAGCUGCUGCAGGGAAAAUUGAGGCCCUUUCCCAGAUGGACAUCGUUCUGCACAGCAGUGACGGGACACUUGUGCUCGACGCUGAAACCAUGUGUUUACCCAAGUUGGCUCAGGGGACUCAGGGUCCCGCAAGCAGCUUGCAGGGACUCUACGAAAUCUGUGCGUGUCCAGAUGGGAAGCUUUACCUGUCUGUGGCCGGCGUGGGUACCACAUGCCACGAGAACAGUCACAUCUGCCUCUAAACCAGGGGCGUCUUCCACGGAGCUACCUGCCUCGUUUCGGUGAGCUUCGGAGUGCUGACCUCAAGCCUUCACACCUGGAGCAACUCGACAAAGUAAAGCUGAGUUGGCGCAUGGGAAGGAAGUAGGACCUGCUUUCGAAAGGAGCUCAGAAAGAAAAAUGUACCAGUGCAAGUGUUCCCAUGAAACUCCAUGAUCUCAAAGUGGCAGCUGGACCUUAGACACAAAAGUCAAAGGACUAUCAGGAGAAUGUGUUGAUUCCACUAGACUGAUUCAUUUCCAUCAGAACCAUUGUGACUUUCCCUUUCUUGUACGCGUCGAUCUACAGUGAAAUAUUGAACUGCUGUGUGGAAUAUCAGCUGUGGGUAUCUGACUCCCCAUGAGAGUAGCCGUGGUCCUGCUGAGGUGCCGCGAGAGUUCCAUGAGGUUUUCCUCUGUAAAACCUGUAAGUGCUCUCUUCAUUUUAAUGCAACGUGUGUCAGGUUUCACAAGAAAAUCUUCAAGUUUUGAAGGGACGUUAAGGCUGAUUUGAUUUUCAAUAUGUAGUCAGAGGAAUAAAUUAUACAAAACCAUG